UCGAGAAAGCUACUGGCCACAAAGAGGGAAAGCAAAAAGAAGAAUUGAAAGGUGCUUACAACUCGGAAACCAAAAGAAAAAGAGAAGACCUAGAUAUAUCAAACUUAGAAGAUAGAAGACCUAAGUGGAAUAGAGUACUUAAAGAGAAAAGUAGCAACAACAGAUUAAAUUUAGCAGAAUAUGAGAACCAGCCUGAGAAGUAUAGUUAUGACAAAGAGAACCAAGCAGUCAAAGACUAG